AUGGAACCACAGCCUUCCCAAGAGGCAGAAGCAGGAACAGCAGGGCAGCUCCCACUCUUGCAACAACUAGAAGAACAAUUAGAGCAACAAGAGCAACGACGAGAACAGGAGCACCAAGCUCUACUAGAACAAAUGGAUCAGAAAUUACCAGCGGAACCUCGAGUUCCUGCUGCUGCUGCCCCUGCGACUGGUACUUCUACCGCAACAACGGAAACGACAAGUACGGCUGCAACUGAAACUGAAACUGAAAUUGAAACGACAAUUCCACAGAAUGCCGCGGACGAAAGCGCUGAGAUUUCGGUAAUCUCCACUGAUGCCGAUGUUCCCAAUGUUCCCAAUGUUCCUAGUAUCGCCGAUCCCAUGCCUCGUACGCCUUCCACCGCGUCUACUGGGCCUGCCAAUAUUGUUGAAGCAGCUGCCAGUACGAUGCAAACUGUCAUUGAACGAGGUUCUAGCUUGCUGAGAGAAUGGGACAGUGGGAAUGGGAAUGCGCCCCCACGGCAAUCACGAUCACAGCAAGGGGCAACCACAAACACAAGCAUUGGCAGUCCGCUUCCCGUUGUGGCACCGGCAGUAGUCUUGAACGAAACGAGCGAAGAUGCAAGUGUGACUCCCAGUGGCCGAGGAGGUGCCUAUCCGGUGGCAACCUUUGUUUCCAAUUUGGUCCGAACCUCGGUCAAUGAAAUUCGAAGUCACAUUCCCAACAUUAACGAUGGCCAUCACCAUCAUCACCAUCAUCACGAUACUAUGUCACUACGAAGUGACCCUAGUAUGGAACAACAACAGCCACCUUCUUCCAUUGCGGACUCGAGUUCCAACAACAACAAUAUGGAUCAAGAAUUUGUCCUCAUUGAUGGCGAUCUGGUAGCCAUACCGUCUAGUCAUGAAGCACCCUUGCCAGCACCAGCACAAGCCGAACGUCAGUUUAGUCAUUCCGAAAACAAUAUUCACCAUCGCAUGGCACAAGAAUUCAAUUCUUGGUAUCCACAAUCCAGUCAACAACAGCAGCAGCAGCAGCAACAACAACAACAACAGGGUUCCAAUCAGCAGCAGCAAUCCAACCAACAACAGUAUUAUCCUCCCAGUGAUAUGGAUCAAGCAUCGUAUUACACGGAUUCUUCCUACGAUCACCGUCACACGGAUCGCUUUGCCAACCCUCGGUUCUCUGGUACCGCGUCGGAACGCAAGGAUUAUCGCAAAAGUGGCAAAAUGACCCGCUCCAUGCGGGGCAUUAAGAAAUGGAUCAAGAAAAAGAGUCGACGAUCCACCAAGAAUAUGGCCCAAGAUGAAUAUAGACAAUCGGUCAGCGGGGCGUCCUCCAAUGGGAGUCGGCCAACGUCAAGUCGGCAAUUGAUGAUUUCAGACGAUGAUGAUUCCAUUGUAUUUGCGCCUGCCAAUGCAAGUGCAAAUCCAGGAGGCGUGGCAGCAGCUGCUGCAGCCGGAACGGCCGCCUAUGGGAAUCGAUUUGAAGAUGAUCAGUCGGCAGCAUCGUCAUCGUAUACUAAUACUACUACUAAUACUAUCAAUGGUGGUACAACCUUGGCACCAUCUCCUACUCGGCACAAACCCGAUAAAAAGAGUGAAAAGAAGAAAAAGAAGAAUCGAUUCGAAUUGAAAAAGUUGAAAAAGCAAGACAAACAUUUGAAGAAAUCCUACGAGCAACAACCACCAUCAGAGCAGCCAACUCCACCAGAAGCUUCAAUUGCCUUGGCACCACCCACCACUUUGGACAGCAUGACGUCGGUGGCUUCGGUAGCAUCUACUGCCACUCCAGAAUACAAUCCAUCCUCGUCGGUGGCCUCCAUUCCACUACCGGAUAACAUGCCCAUGUCCGUGGCCAGCAUGCCAGUGGCCAGCAUGCCUCCAUCCAUGAUGGAAGAAGCAUCCUCGGCAGCGGCGGCAGCAGCAGCCGUCGCAGCCAUGAUGCCAACUACAUCAUCAUCAUCCUUUACAAGGAAUGCCAGUAUUGCGGCUGAAGCUAGUUUUGUGGGCAAUGCCGAUCAAUUGGCAGCGGUAGAAGUGGCGGGUGUCAUGGAUGCCUGCGUGGCAGAAGCCUAUAUCGAAGAUCGAAUGGACGAUUAUGACAAGUACUACGAUGACGACGAUGAAAAGAAGAAAAAUCAUUCGUAUUAUCCCCGAAGUAUGGUACCCAAGGAUGCCGAUUUCAAGGUGGACAAGUUGGAUGCCCCCAAUGUGGAGAGUAUGCUCCUGAGGGCAGGAGAAUAUGCCAGGGAUUUGGAGAAUUCCGUGUUGGAUUCCUUUUGCAUCAAGCCUCCAGGUGGCAUCCGAAAAAGUAUCUCCCAAGGCAAAUCGGAUGGUGGCAGUGUUCCACUUUCCAUGGCCACCUUGGACGAUGGUGCCAAUGUGCACAAUGAUAUUCUCAAAAUUGUCAUGGUGGGAGCCGAGUCGGUGGACAAGCAAGGAUUGACACGGACCUUACGGAACAAGACUCAAAAGAAGAAGGCCUCGUCACGGAAACGAACCAAUACAUUGGGAGUGGAUGUCCAUUCUUGGACACCCGACAAUGAUCAGAAUGCCAAGUUUACUAUUUGGACGGUUCGUGGAAAUGGAACGGAUCAAUCAGAUCCCUACAAUACCAACUUUGGAGCGCACCCAGGAACCCAGUCGCUCUUCUUUUCGGAUCGAUCUUUGUACUUGUUGGUAUGGGAUUUGGCAGCCGACAAUGAAAAGACUUAUCGGCAAGCUCAUAUUGACUCGUCGGACUCUGAUUCUUCCGAUGAGGAUGACGAAUUUCCGGACACGAGCAAUGCCUACAUUCGGGAAGAAGCCAAUCGCCAAGCUGAUCGUAACUUGCAAACAGACAUUGAAGAACGGGUCUUGUCUUGGGUGGACUGCAUUGCCGAACGAGGCGCUCAUUCGGCCGUUCUUCCCGUAGCCUUGGUGCCAGCCAACAUGUCGCCACAUGAAACCAAGCGGCGGUGUGAUGUCUUGCAAACCUUGUUGUUGGAUCAUACUGACAAGAACAUGGAGGGACGAUACGCUCCACCCAAGGUUUUGUCCGGAGCUGAAACUGUCCAUUGUGUAUCAUUAGAUACCGAUAUGGGAAUUGAUUUGCUGGAAGAGACCAUUGUGGCUAUUGCCAAUGAUGUGGAUCAUUCGGUAUUUGAUCACGUGGGCACACCCGUGCCUAAGGGAACAGUCCUUGUGCUGGAAACAUCGAAACGGCUGAAGGAGGCGGACCAGAAGCUGGUUUCUUUGGAUUUGCUCAUGUCGGAGCUACCUUCCGAAGAAAUCUUGUCAGUGCGCGAAGUCAUGGAGGCAUUAGAAUUCUUGUCCUCUGUUGGAGAAUUGUUCUAUUUUGGAAAUUCGGCUAAUAUUAGCGCUGCAGACUUUGAUGCAAACAAUGUCCUGACACAGUUUGUUAUUUUGUCACGAAGGUGGCUUGUCAGUGCAUUGUCAUGCAUUCUAAGAAACGAUUUGCAUCGGGAAUUGAAUGAAACAAGAAGGUUUAUGAACAUGCAGCUGCUGUAUAGCAACCAGCAAUUUCCAGAGAACCAUGCCAUCCAGACUUUGUCCGGUGGUUCCUCCAGUUGCCCGCUGCUAUCUUCGUCGGAUACGGAAAUGCUGUGGCAGUCCAUGAGUUUUAUGCGAGAAGCCGCGGACAGAUCUGCUCAAUUCUCAGCACAUUCAACGACGUCUGCUACCAUGUUUGAAUUCUUGGAGACUCUGCUUGUUCACACUGGCAUCUUCUUGCCCUUGGACAUCGAUCGGUUCGCGGUCACAGACCAUGUUUACUUUGUCCCAUCGCUUCUUGCAAAGGGGGACGCCAAAAGUGUGUGGACCUACAAGUCCAGCGAGGCUUACAUGACCACCCUUUGUCAUUCAUGGUUAUUCCGCGACGGGGCUCCAGUCGAUCUCAUGGAGCAAGUGACUGUGGCUCUGUUGCGUGACCUUUAUGAGUUCACCCACAUUCUUGCAUCCACCCCAUCUGGAGAUUUGAAGCCUCCUAGCAAUCAUCUUAACCGAGCCCAGUCAUAUCCUUUCAGCCAGAACACUGCUGAUGACUUCAUUGGUUUGCAUGAUGGAGAUGCUAUUGGUGGAAUUCGCAUCCACCAAGUCAAUUGUUGGAAGUCCAAUCUUUUGGUCAAGAUUGGAUGUGUGUUCCCAGAAGGGAAUGAAAUUCGUGAAUCAACUGUCGAGAUUUUUGUCUCGAUUACAGAUCAGUCUUCGCCUCUCUGUGUUUCGUCUGACGCCAUGGGCGCAAGGAUGCAACGUUUGAUUGUCAGUGGAAAAGGACAAAUCGGUCACCACGGACGCAAAUUGUGGAAAGGCGGGUAUGGUAUCGUCAUGGAUUCGAUCAAGGCCAGCGUGGCCCACUGCACCAAUGUGGACCGACAAGUUGUUUGCCCCGAAUGUUUGGGGCAUGUGCAUCCUAGCAGCGCCAGCACUUGGAGUUGGGACAGUGUACGGGCAGCGGCUGGAACGGUUGUCAGAUGCAUGAAGGGGCAUCGCGUCGACAGCAAUUUGAUUAGUGGUAUCCCAAAAAUGCCUACUCCCAAGUUGGAGGUGUCAAAUCAUCCAACGACUGAUAUGCCUAAGAAGAGUGUGACAGAUCUGCUUCCUUCUGUUGUGGUUGUCGGACUAUGGGAUUGCGAAUCAAAUGUCAUACGAAACGUUGGCUCUGGAUUCUUUGUGGACAGAAAGCUUGGUCUUGUCAUUACUGCUGGUCACAUUCUCUUCCAAAUGGAGGCUGGACCAAACUUUGGAAUUCCAUAUUUUGGAUUGGCCAACGCCAAGGCUGUGAUUGGAAUCAUUCGCGAAGGCGAAGAUUCCAGCAAUGCCUGCUUUCGAUAUUUCGCCGAAAUUGUGGCCGAAGAUAUCCACAAUGUGGAUGCUUGUGUACUCAGAAUAACAAGCAGGAUGGCAGACGAUGUUGAUAAUGAGACGUUACUUGGUCAACAGUCUGAGAUCAGCAUGGAAAAUUGCAUUGCCAACGAGAACCUUCCGGCACUGAAACUCACAAGACGGUACGAACUUGAAGAGACAAUUCGUAUCUUGGGAUAUAACCAAGGGGGCGAAGGUCGAUUGGAGCAAGGGAAGCACGUAAAUCGCUCAGCAGACUUUGCAAAAGGGUAUAUUUGCAAACAAUUCAAGAUGUUGGAAGAUGACAAUUCCGAAAGUGAUGACGAUUCAUCCUGCGGAGCAAAUGGCUUCUCGCCACGAGAAGAGAUUGUCAUCAUGUGCCCAACAAUUAGUGGACAUUCUGGGGGUCCAUGCGUGAACGAUGAAGGCAAAGUCAUUGGCAUUUUAUCUCGCGCAGAUCCAGUGGACCGACAACGAUGUUAUUUAGCUCCAACAAAUGAGCUGAAAUCGUUGGUCAACAAAGCGAAGAAGAACUCCUCCCGUGCAAUUGGUGGGUUAAAAUCAUAUUAG